AUGAGUUCUCGAGAAGCCGCGGCUUGUUCUGUUAGUCAAAAGAACAAACACAUAGCGGUCAAAUAGAGUGCCACCAUUGCUUCAUUCCCAUCCCGAGAUGCCGAAGCGCGCUUCUCUCUUCUCCCUUCUCGGCCGACGCGACCUAUCCUCCCUCCUCUUCCCUCACCCUCCCUGCCCUAGCCGCCCUUUUGCUCCCCACGGUUGGUUCUCGAUCCCCGCAGCCGUCUUGCCCGGCGUACGCGGCCAGUUCCGGUGUGCUUCCAGCGGCCGCGACGCCGCCUCCGCCCGGGAUCGGAGUUCGCGUAACAUCCUCGUGUACCUCCUCGGAAUGGUCGCCGCGAUGGUCGGCGCCUCCUACGCCGCCGUCCCCCUCUACCGCCGCUUCUGCCAGGCCACCGGUUACGGAGGCACCGUGCAGCGCCGCGACGUGAUCUUCUUUCCCUCUUGUCCGUUGUCUUCUUCUUUGAGUGUCGAGGAGAAGAUCGCCCGCCAUGCGCAAGAAGGAACCAAGGCUUCGAGGGAGCUUGUUGUUCAAUUCAAUGCUGAUGUUGCUGAUGGGAUGCCAUGGAAAUUUACCCCUACACAAAGAGAGGUCAGGGUUAAGCCAGGAGAAAGUGCCCUUGCAUUUUAUACUGCUGAAAAUCAUAGCUCAACUCCCAUAACUGGUGUUUCUACAUACAAUGUUACCCCAAUGAAGGCUGCAGUUUACUUUAACAAGAUUCAGUGUUUUUGUUUUGAAGAGCAGCGACUUCUUCCAGGAGAACAAAUUGACAUGCCGGUUUUCUUCUACGUUGACCCAGAGUUUGAGGCUGAUCCUAAGAUGGAUGGUGUCAACAACCUGAUCCUUUCAUACACCUUCUUUAAAGUUAAUGAGCGUUAGCAAAGCAUCACAAGCUUCAUUUCUUUACCACUUAGUCUGUGAAGUCUCCAGUGACAGAUAACUGUUCUUGUAUUUUCCAUAUAUUGUUUUGUCUUAUAUACUGGAAUGAUAUCAAAAUGCUAUGUAGAAUACGAAAUUGUCACUGAAAUGAAAUAAUAAUUCAUUGAUCCUCACCCUCUAGAGGAUUUUAAUUGGCUCC